AUGGCAUCAAGCAAUCUCCAGCAGCACUCGAACCAAACACCGGCACAAGAAGAGUUCGACAGCAUCAUAAAUAGAUCCUUAGCCUCUGAGAAACUAGACCACCACCCCGCAGACAGAGACGAUUACAGACACGACCGUGAGACCGGCGAUCGAGACGAAGAAGACGAAUACAUAGAGAAGCGUGUGAACGACAACAUGCGUAUGCCUGCCACCUACGACAACAUUCCUGGCUCCGGCUCCGGCGGCCUCAAGCUCCCUCAUCGAGACUUUGACCAUGGGCGCACCACGGGAGUCAAAGGUGUGAUUGCAGAUGCGCGGAACUACGAGGAAGCGAGAAGGAAUGGCAGCUACCGACGGAAUACGUCGCGGAGUCCCACUUCGAAGGCGGAGAAGAGGUCAAGCACGAUGUCCUUCCUGAAGGAUGAUGGCGAGGACAGCGAUGAUGAGGAUGAGGAGUUCCUCGAGCGGUGGAGACAGCAACGGCGCAUGCAGUUGGAAAAGGAGGGGGGCAAUAUCAGGAAUCGGCGGACGAGCCCGAGUGUGAGACGAUAUGGACGCUUCGAUGAGGUUGAUGCGAUGGGGUAUCUAGAUGCCAUUGAGAGGGUGACGAGGGAUACCAUCGUCGUUGUUUUCGUCUACGACUCAGAUUGCCCCGUAUCCCGCCUUAUCUCUGACGCUCUCUCCCCGCUCGUCUCCAGAAACCCCCAUAUCCGCUUUGUCCGCAUCCACUAUGAGGAAAUCGAGUUCGACAAUGCCGGCGUGCCAGCCAUCCUCGGUUACAAGAAUCAAGGCGACCUCUUCGCAAACCUCACUUAUAUCAUUGAUCAAAUACCAGAGGAUACCCCAUUCGAUACCAAGGCUCUGGAGAACGUUUUACGGAACCACAAGGUCCUCCCAUGA